AUGGUUCAAUUUUUUAACAUUUAUAGUUCUGAAAAUACUAUUGUUCUUGAAUUAAGUGGUAUUUAUAAUAUAUUUCUUAUUGUAUUUGGUAUCAUUGGAUUAAUUUUUAAUUUACUUGAAACAUUAAUAAAUAUAAAAAAUAAACUUUUCAUUCAAUCACUUUAUAAUUGUACCCGUUUAUAUAACAAUCUAGCUGGAAUAAUAUUAUGUAAGAAUAAUAAUAUUAAAAAAAUAUCUAAUAUUUUUAUUUUUAUAGCAUUACGACAUAUUUUUAUUGGAAUUGUUAAUUUUCACGUUUUUAGAAAUAAUAUACAAUUCUAUAAUAAUGAAAUAUGUACAAUUAGAGGAAUGAUUGAUAUGUUUACUAUACAUUUAUUUCAAAUAUCUUAUGUUUUUCAAUGCUUAUCAUUUAUUAUUUCAUUAGUUUAUCCAAUACAAUAUAUGAUAAAAUUAAAUAAUGGAUUAAUCAAAAUUGUUAUACUAAUAAUUAUAAUUAUAUGGUCAUUCUUUCCAUUAACUAUGUUAUCAAUUAAAAUUUUUACUGGAUAUUUUCCAAUAUUAUGUACAAAUUUUGAUACUUGGACUUCUCCAUUUAAAAUUUAUUACCUUAAUUUUACAUCAUUUCUUAUAAUAUUUCUUUUUUUUGUUUAUGUCUUUACAUUAUGGAAUAUUUAUGGAAUGAAAACUAAAGAUGAAAUAAAAAAUAGUUUAAAUAGUUUUAUAGCAUGGAUAGUAAUUAUAUUUAUUGUAUUUUGGGCAAUACCAAAUGUUAUUAUGAUUAUUUUUGUAUAUCUUGAUUUUGAAAAUAAUAUUAGAGCAAUCUUAUUGGAUAUAUUUUAUUUAUCAACACUUAUAUCAGUCAUUAUUCAAUUUCCAUUCUCAUUAUGGAAAAAUAAAAUUAUUAGAAAACAUUUCUUUGAAAUCAAUUUUAUUUCUUAUCUAAUUCCAAGUCAAACACUUUCAAAAUUUAAAAACAGUUUGUAA